CUCUGGACGGGAGGAUGGAUUUUGAGAAUCUUUUCUCCAAACCCCCCAACCCGGCCCUGGGCAGGAAAUCGGUCACGGACUCCGACGCCAAGGACUCUGACGACAGAAUCGAUGAUGAAGUAGAUGAUACAGAAGUUGAAGAAACACAAGAAGAGAAAAUAAAAGUGGAAUGUGAGCAUAUUCCCAAAAAAUUUAGGCACUUUGGAAACUCUACAACCUCACCAGAGAAUUUGCUACAUAGAAAAUCAAGAAAUAAGGACUAUGAUGUAUACACUGAUAAUAUCUGCAAUCAGGAACCAGAAGAUACUUUUGCUAAAGAGCUUCAACAGUAUAUACAAGCCAAAGAAAUGGCAAAUGCUGCUCAGUCCUUAUUGUCUCAUAAAGAAUCCUUGAAGAAAGAGGAAGCAAUGUGUAUACAGAAAGAUGUUAAACAAAGCAAUAAAAACUUUAAAGCUGCCUAUAAGAAUGGUAAACAGAAGAAAAUGAAGCGGAAAUGGCCUGGCACUGCAGACCAGGGAUCAAAUGCAUCACUGAGGAACGGUGGCUCACAGGGACAGUUUAGGCACUUUGGAAACUCUACAACAUCACCAAAGAAUUUGCUACAUAGAAAAUCAAGAAGUAAGGACUAUGAUAUAUACACUGAUAAUAUCUGCAAUGAGGAACCAGAAGAUACUUUUGCUAAAGAGCUUCAACAGUAUAUACGAGCCAAAGAAAUGGCAAAUGCUGCUCAGUCCUUAUUGUCUCAUAAAGAAUCCUUGAAGAAAGAAGAAGCAAUGUGUACACAGAAAGAUGUUAAACAAAGCAAUAAAAACUUUAAAGCUGCCCAUAAGAAUGGUAAACAGAAGAAAAUGAAGCGGAAAUGGCCUGGCACUGCAGACCAGGGAUCAAAUGCCUCAUUGAGGAACAGGUACAAGGAACAGGAUGGUAACCCUAAAGAGAAGCACAUUCAAAUGAAUCAGGGGUUCAUCAACCAACACACAGUGAAGCGAAAGGGAAAGCAAGUUUGUAAAUAUUACAUUGAAAGGAAAUGUAUUAAGGGAGACGAGUGUAAAUUUGAUCACGAUGCAGAAAUAGAGAAGAAAAAGGAAAUGUGUAAAUUUUAUGUACAAGGAUAUUGCACCAAAGGUGAAAACUGUCUGUAUUUGCAUAAUGAAUAUCCUUGCAAGUUUUACCACACAGGAGCAAAAUGCUAUCAGGGCGAGAGCUGCAAGUUUUCCCAUGCUCCUCUCACUGCUGAAACACAGGAACUGUUGGCUAAAGUUUUAGAAACUGAAAAGAAGUCAUCAUGAAGAUAAAAAACAUUAAAAUAAGCCAAAGGCAAGAUGAUAAAUGUGAGCCAAGAAUGAAACCUACAUUCAUCGUCGGAGUCCACCUCUGCUCAGCCCUCUUCACUGAAGGCUGCGUUCACUGCCUCUCCGCUCCUGUUGACAGCACACAGCAGGAAGCCGGUGUGAGAGAGGUGGAAACGUGACAUCGGCAAGGAAAGGACCGAUUUAAGAGGGCUGAGAGGAGAGAAGGUGCAUGUUGAAUAGGGAGGGACAAGUUGUCCAGCUCACCUCAAGGUGGUGUUGGUUCCUGUGAAAUGUGCAACCCUCCUUUAUAUUAUUUAAAAAUGUGGGGGAAAUAAACAGUUUUAGUUAUUAUAUGUCAUUAAUUCUGAGGUACGGUUUUGUAAUUAACAUCUCUAAGGUUGGAGUGUCUUUUUCCAUUGAUAUAAUGUCACACUUUCGUUGUCAGUUUAUUUUUAUUGGUACAUGAAUAAUGGUGGCUCUUGUUAGGUUAGUGACAUGUUUAGAUUUGAAUAUAAUUUUAAACUGAAGUUGUACAUGUAUAUAGUCAAAAGUUUACUGUGAAAUAAAAUUUGUUACGAAAUUUAUUUUGAAUUAAUAAAUUAUGAAAACAAAGAGGUUUUUAAUGAAAAAGUGGUUUCUGCCUCUUCCCCUUUGUGUAGGCAGAGUUCUUGAUUGAU